UAGCACACUGCAAGUCACAUUAUUCUAAAAUUGUUUUUACCAACAACUACAGCAACACUCCUAUAAGAUAAUCACAGCAAAACUCCGGCUUAUAAUAUACUAGCAGAUGCACUCCGAAAAAAUGCCACACUGGAAUUUCAAGAUAGUUUUCGUGUUGAUAAUAAGUAAUCUGUGCCAGCAUCGGAUUUUAUCACAAACUGCCGGUGCCGGAACGUCGUCCAUAUUCAGCCUGUCCAAUCCAUCGUCAUUAGGCAGCCUGACAUCCGGAGGAACAGCACCAGCCAGUGCACCCGCUGGCACAUCCACCGGCUUCAUCCCCAUUGUGGUCAACAAUCCCGCUGGUACGGGAGCGGCCGGCACGGGCAUGGCCGGUUCCGGAUUCGGCGGUGCAACCAGCCCAUUCCAGCCGGCUCCAGCUGCUGGUUUGGGCGGAGGCCUGGGAACGAUCGGUGGACCGCCACCAGUUCCGGCACCCAGUCUAAUUAACCCUAACCCACUUACUCCGGGAGUGCAGCCACAACCCACGGUCUUCGUACAACCUCAACCUCAACCACAACCACAGCCACAGCCUCAACCGCAACCUCAACCUGGACAACCCCCGAGAACGUAUCUGGAUUGGAUAAGCACAUAUACGGCAGACUUCCUAGCAACUUUAAACAGGGAUCAGUUAGUAUCCUUCCUGCGGGUAUAUUUUAUGUCGAGGAUGAUGGGCUUUUCGGUGCUGGAUCCCAGGUCACCGGUGGCCCGUUCCGCUGGACCGUCCGAUCGACGAGCUAUAGAAACGGCUCGCAGUAUUCCCUUGUCCGAUACACAGUUAGUUCACCUGGAUAAUACCGGGUUGGGUAAACUCUUAGCUGCGUAUGCAAAUAAGCUGAACGCGGUUCCGGAAUCGCAGAAAUCUACAGUCAUCAAAGAGUAUCAGGACACGGUGGAAAACUUAAAACUACCAAGAGGGAUAAAAUAUGCUUUAAAGCACGUCAUUUAACAAACUCUCGAUCCUGGAGCACAAAGCCCAUGUGGGAUAAAUGCCUUUCUCGACAUUUUGUUUAUGGAUAGAGUUGUUUUUCUCAUUGUCAGCAGUUUGAAUGGGUGAAUUUCUUUGCAUUGUGAUAUUGUGCAGUGUUACGUAUAAAUUCGCAUUAGACAAAAAUUUUUAUUAGACAGAAAUAUGCAUGCUAUGCAUACCGGCAUAUACUUAUGCACGUAUAGGGAAACUGAUGGAAAUCGUAAUUUGUUAAGAAAAAUGUUUUAUAACCAGCUAUCCAAUAAA